AUGUCAGACAACACUCAACUCAUUAGCGGUGUGAAGCUGACUGGCAAUCUAGACUUGAACGAUGUGCUCAACUCCCUCCCUACCGCAAAGGACGCGCCGUUCAAUACAUACCAGCGACAACACGACCCAACCUGCCUUCCCGAUACCCGCGUCGACCUCCUCCAAGAGAUAUACGACUGGGCUGACGGGCAAGAUGGGCGCUCUAUUUUCUGGUUGAACGGCUUGGCCGGCACGGGCAAGUGCUUCGAUGAGAAGCAUCUCGGAGCCAGCUUCUUCUUCUCGCGCGGCGGUGGGGAUGUCAACCAUGCAGGCAAGUUCAUCACGAGCAUUGCGUGGCAGCUGGCGAACAACAUACCCUCUCUCCAACAGUACAUUUGCGAUGCCAUUAGAGAGCGCCGCGACAUUACGAGUCCACUAUUAAAGCUAGGUGAAAACGGUAGCCAGUCCUCGUACAUACUUAUCGUUGAUGCGCUCGAUGAGUGCGACGGUGAUAAUAACAUCCGGAUUAUUAUACACCUCUUGGCUGAAGCUCGAUUCCGACCUGAGAUUCCAAUCCGAUAUGGAUUCCGUCAGCUACCGAAUGCGAAUCUCCAGGAUUUUGUACUUCACAGCAUAUCACCCUUAAUCUAUAAUCUUAAACUUAUUGGACAGGAGCACUCUCUGGAUGACUCCUGGCCAGGCGAAGAGAUUAUCAAAACCCUGAUCCAGAUUGCAGGGGGAUUGUUCAUUUGGGCUGCAACCGCUUGUCGGUUCAUUCAAGAAGGUUAUCUCGUAGACGAAAGAGUGCAAACUUUGCUAGAAGGCAGUGCCUCUAUUCCUGCACCAGAAGAGCAUCCAGAAGUACACCUUAAUAAGCUCUAUACUACCGUCCUAAAGAAAUCUAUCCGGCCAGGUUACUCGGCAAAGGAGAAGGAAGCAUCGUAUAGCAUGCAAAGGCACAUUCUUGGAGGCAUCAUUGUUCUCUUCUCUCCGCUCUCUGCCAGCUCGCUUCACAGGCUGCUUAAUAUCACCAAGCAAAAGAUCGAUCAGGUGCUCAGGGAUCUUUAUGCGAUUCUAGACGUCCCCAAGGUCGACAUAUAUCCACUUCGCCUGCAUCACCCUUCGUUUCGCGACUUUCUUCUCGAUAAAAAGAGAUGCGGAGAUCCGAAUUUCUGGGUAGACGAGAAGGAAGCCCACCAAGUGUUAACCAACAGCUGUAUCCAGCUUAUGUCGUCAUCACUUAAGCAAGAUGUCUGUUGCGUAGAUGCCCCCGGCAUGCUUGUAGCCAAUGUCGAGAGAAGACGAGUUGAACAAAGUCUUCCUCCUGAAGUCCAGUACGCAUGUCUGUACUGGAUCCAGCACCUCCAGAAAAGCGGUGCUCGACUUUGCGACAAUGGUCAAGUGCAUCAAUUCUUACAGGAGCAUCUUCUUCACUGGCUCGAGGCUCUUGGAUGGAUGGGGAAGGUGUCGGAAGGAGCUCAUGCUAUCGCGUCUUUAGAGCUAUUUACUUCCUUUGGUAAUUGCCCUGGCAUUUUAAGCUUUAUCCACGAUGCGAAGCGGUUCGUCCUCUAUAAUCGGCCAGCUAUCGAGCAGGCUCCUCUUCAGACGUACUGUAGUGCCCUCGUAUUCGCACCGACAAUAAGUAUAAUAAGAAAGCAGUUCGUAAACUGUAUACCUAGAUGGAUACGAAAUUUGCCAAGGGUCGAGGAGAAAUGGAAUGCGGUAAUACAGACGCUCGAGGGCCAUUCGGGCUGGGUCUGCGCCGUGGCCUUCGCGCCGGACGGCAAGACGCUGGCGACGGCAUCGGCGGACACGACGGUCAAGCUGUGGGACGCCGGGUCGGGCGCGCUGCAGCAGACGCUCGAGGGCCAUUCGGGCCGGGUCUGCGCCGUGGCCUUCGCGCCGGACGGCAGGACGCUGGCGUCGGCAUCGGCGGACACGACGGUCAAGCUCACGAGUGGCGACAACCGAUGA